GAAGCAACGGUUUCGUUUUGUCCAUGGUUGACAUGUUUCCCGUGGUGAGGAUAUUGAGUUCCCUGGUCGGUAUUGUUGAAUUGUUUGUUGGAUCGAAAGGGGGGGUUCAGAUUGUAAUAAUGCUGUUAAUGACUCUAGCUUCUAUUAGUUACUUCUUAUUUUCCAAAACUGUUACACCAUUAAGCUUGGAUUCCUUGUAUCAUUGUGUCUUGCUGAUCAGGGGCUCAGGGGCCGGAUCCCCAGACCAGUGCACGCAAUAGUGCCUUUUUCUCUGUUUCAUUGGCUAGCCGGCUAUGUAUUCCUGUGCCUGUACUGUGUAAGGAUCUCCUUAGUGUUGUUUUUGUGGUUGUUGUGUUGUGGUGCUUUUUCACCGCUUUAUUGCUUGAUGUUCGGUAUUUCUUACGAAAGGGC